AUGUCAAGCUCGCCAGCGCUCUUAGCGUCUCGCAGCAUGCGAAAUCAUUCUUCCGUAUGCUCCGCCAUUACAAGGCCAAUUACAUCAGACGAGGAGUUCGAACAAGCUUGGGAGUCCCUGAAUUACAUCUAUGACCUGCCGCUCGAGGACCUCCCACCCUACGAGUCAGCACUGCAAAUCCUCUCCAAAAGCGACAAUUCUAAACCACCCCCAGGUAAAGGCCUAUACGGUCUCACCAGCGGCGCGGGAGAUGUCCUAAAAUUCAUGAGUAACCCAACGCUGGUCUGGGUUCCCCAACACAAGUUCGACUACAUGGCGGAAAGGUCUCUGGCGGAACGCGUCUCGACGGCAGAGCAGAUGCGACCUCACAUGGAGGGACUGUUUCACUGGCUGGCCGAUUACAACUGGCCCCCGUUUACUGGAUGCUACAAACAACUUUCGAGGUUCCCUGAAGCUACUGUUGGUACUAUCAAAGAGAUGUGUGCUGGUGACCUCAAUGAUGGGGAGUUGGUGGAGCAUAUCUUGGACUUUGUCAUGGACAAAGUGCCAAAGGGCUCGGCUUGGGAGGAGCUGGCACCAGUUGUUGCCUCAUUACAAGAAAAAUCAGCAGCAAAGACCAAAGAAGAGGAUGAUGAGUGGAGCGAGCUCUUGAAGCGAGCUACUGAGUGGCUAGGGGAAUACGGGGCGUGGAAAGGAACAAAGGGCUGA